AUGGGGGCGGCCGAGCCGCUGCGCUCGGUGCUGUGGGUGCGGCGGCAGCGCUGCGCCGUCAGCCUGGAGCCCGCGCGGGCGCUGCUGCGCUGGGGGCCCAGCCCGGGGCCCGGGGCCGGCGCGCCCGGGGCGGGCGCCUGCUCGGUGCCCGUGGCGGAGAUCAUCGCCGUGGAGGAGACCGACAGCCACGGGAGGCCCUAUGGCAGCGGGAAGUGGCAGAAGAUGGAGCCGCCCUUCGCGUUCACAGUGCACUGCGUGAAGCGGGCGCGGCGCCGGCGCUGGCGGUGCGAGCCGGUGACGUUCUGCGUGGGGGACGAGCAGCUGUGCCACCUGUGGCUGCAGGCCCUGCGGGAGCAGCUGGACAGGCUGACCUGCAGACCGAAGCGCCUGCUUGUGUUCAUCAACCCGUUCGGCGGGAAGGGCCGGGGCCUGCGCAUCUACGAGCGGAAGGUGGCACCGCUGUUCGCGCUGGCCGCCAUCGCCACCGAGGUCAUCGUCACGGAGCGCGCCAACCACGCCAGGGAGGCCCUGCACGAGAUGAGCCUGGACGGCUUCGACGGGGUGGUGUGCGUCGGCGGGGACGGCAUGUUCAGCGAGGUGCUGCACGGGCUGGUGGGCAGGACGCAGAGGGCGGCCGGCGUGGACCAGAACGAGCCCCGGGCGGCGCUGGUGCCCUGCCCGCUGCGCAUCGGCGUCAUUCCCGCAGGGUCCACAGACUGUGUGUGCUACUCCACCGUCGGCAUCAACGACCCCAAGACCUCCGCCCUGCACAUCGUCGUGGGGGACUCGCUGGCCAUGGACGUGUCCGCGGUGCACCACCAGGGGGCGCUGCUGCGCUACUCCGUGUCGCUGCUGGGCUACGGCUUCUAUGGCGACAUCGUCAAGGACAGCGAGAAGAAGCGCUGGAUGGGGCUCAUCCGAUACGACUUCUCAGGCCUGAAGACCUUCCUGUCCCACCACUGCUACGAGGGCACCGUGUCCUUCCUCCCGGCGCAGCACACGGUGGGCUCGCCGCGGGACGGGAAGCCCUGCCGGGCCGGGUGCUUCGUCUGCCGGCAGAGCAAACAGCAGCUGGAGGAGGAGCAGAAGCGGUCGCUGUACGGCCUGGAGGGCUCGGAGGACGUGGAGGAGUGGAAGGUCGUCUGUGGCAAGUUCCUGGCCAUCAACGCCGCCAACAUGUCCUGCGCGUGUCCCCGGAGCCCCCGCGGCCUGUCCCCGGCCGCCCACCUGGGCGACGGGGCCUCCGACCUGAUCCUCAUCCGCAAGUGCUCCCGCUUCAGCUUCCUGCGGUUCCUCGUGCGGCACACCAACCAGCGCGACCAGUUCGACUUCACCUUCGUGGAGGUUUACCGCGUCAAGAGGUUCCAGUUCGUGUCGAAGCAGGUGGAGGACGAGGACGGCGAGCUGGGCGAGCGGGGCAAGCAGGGGCUGGGCCAGAUCUGCAGCCAGCACCCCUCCUGCUGCUGCAGCGCGGCCAGCAGCUCCUGGAACUGCGACGGGGAGGUGCUGAGCGGGUCCGCCGUGGAGGUCAGGGUGCACUGCCAGCUGGUCCAGCUCUUCGCCCGCGGCAUGGAGGACAGCCCGUAG